GCCCCGCACAGGCAGCGCGCGCGCGCACAGACUCUGCCCGCCUCCCUCCCUCCCCUCGCAGCAACGGGCGUCUCGUAGCCCCGCCCGGCGGCCGGCCUCGAGCCUUCCCGGCAUGCCCCGCGCUGUGCCAUCGAGCGCUGCGCGGGUGGCGUGGGGCGGUCCCGCUGGGCUCUCCGUCGGUGUCAGGCCGCGGCAAUAUGGCGGGCGCGGAGCAGGCGGCGAAGCAGCUGAACGGGGAGCUGCUGCUGGAGCCCGAGGACGCGGAGGGCGGCGCGGUGGGGCCCGGCGCCGAGGAGGGCGCCAAGAAGAAGCGGCGGAAAAAGAAGAAGGGCAAAGCCGCCUCCGCGGGACAACAAGAAACAGAGAGAGAAUUAGAAGGUGCUCUUGAUGAUGUGACAAAACAGUUGGAUAAACAAACACUGGAGGAGAAGGAAAAAGAUGAUGAUGAUGAAGAUGGAGAGGGUGAAGGAGAUGGAGCAACAGGGAAGAAAAAGAAGAAAAAGAAAAAGAAGAAAGGACCUAAGGUGCAGACAGAUCCACCUUCUAUUCCAAUAUGUGAUCUAUUUCCCAGUAGCAUAUUUCCAAGAGGAGAAGAAUGCGAAUAUCCACCAACACAAGAUGGGCGAACUGCUGCUUGGAGAACUACAAGCGAUGAAAAGAAAGCACUAGAUCAAGCCAGUGAAGAGAUUUGGAAUGAUUUUCGGGAGGCUGCUGAGGCACACAGACAAGUGAGGAAAUAUGUUAUGAGCUGGAUCAAACCUGGAAUGACAAUGAUAGAAAUCUGUGAAAAACUCGAAGACUGCUCACGUAAGCUGAUAAAAGAAAAUGGUUUAAAUGCAGGUCUUGCAUUUCCCACUGGGUGUUCUCUGAAUAACUGUGCAGCCCACUACACUCCCAAUGCUGGAGAUCCUACAGUAUUGCAAUAUGAUGAUAUUUGCAAAAUAGACUUUGGAACCCAUAUUAGUGGUCGUAUUAUUGACUGUGCUUUUACUGUUACAUUCAAUCCAAAAUAUGAUAGACUAUUACAAGCAGUAAAAGAUGCUACUAAUACUGGUAUAAAGUGUGCUGGAAUAGAUGUUCGUCUCUGUGAUGUUGGUGAAGCCAUCCAAGAAGUUAUGGAGUCCUAUGAGGUCGAAAUUGAUGGCAAAACAUAUCAAGUGAAACCAAUUCGCAAUCUGAAUGGACAUUCAAUUGGGCCAUAUAGGAUACAUGCUGGAAAAACUGUGCCCAUUGUGAAGGGAGGAGAAGCAACAAGAAUGGAGGAAGGUGAAAUAUAUGCUAUAGAAACCUUUGGUAGCACAGGAAAGGGUGUUGUUCAUGAUGACAUGGAAUGUUCUCAUUAUAUGAAAAAUUUUGAUGUUGGGCACGUGCCAAUAAGGCUUCCAAGAGCAAAACAUUUGCUAAAUGUUAUCAAUGAAAACUUUGGCACUCUUGCCUUCUGCCGCAGAUGGCUAGAUCGUCUGGGAGAAAGUAAAUAUCUUAUGGCUCUGAAGAACCUGUGUGACUUGGGGAUAGUGGAUCCAUAUCCUCCGUUAUGCGACAUUAAAGGCUCAUAUACCGCCCAGUUUGAGCAUACCAUAUUAUUGCGCCCGACAUGCAAAGAAGUUGUCAGCAGAGGAGAUGACUAUUAAACUCAGUGUCACCUCAACAUCUUUAUACUCUAGGCUUUGUUGGAACACAUUAUACCAGAAUUAAUUUGCAACGUAUUGUCUGUUUUAACAGUGGACCGAUGUAAUACUUUCCAUGUUUGGAAAGAAAGGAAUUUAACUAAAGGCAAGUCUUCUAAUGUAACUAACCAAGGAAAAAGCUUUCAUGGCUCUAGAAAUAUUUGAGAAGGUUACAUAUAUUUUUUCUGUUCAGGGAAAUAUGUGCUAUAAAGCUCAGUUUUUAGUUUGGAAUGAGUUAUCCAUUUUGUUUUGAACAUUUAUGAUAAGAAAUGCUUUUCAAAUAUUUAUAUUACCAUAUUCCUACUUGAAUGCUUUGAAUGAUUACACCUGACUUCUGCACCUAAUGCCUCUAUGGUAUUGCCUUUUAAAUUUCGUGGAAUCCAUUUUGUAAAAAAUAGACAAAUUUUCAGAUCUUAAAAACGUAUAUACUUUUUAAAAGUCUGGUUAUGACUGGGCAGGAGUCUGCUGGGGAACUGCUCUAUUAAAUAAUAAUAAAAAAUA